CGAAGUUACCUAGAUAGUCAAGCUAGAUGUCCGGACCCCGCUUCUUUCUUCCCCGCGCGUCACGCACCCAGCAUCUUCCAAGCUCCACCUCUAACCGAACGUUUUCAGCCAGCGCACCAUGUCGGCCACCUUUUUCCGUAUGACGGGUUUAGCUAGGCCAAGUCAGCGGAUGUGUUCUCAAGGUGUCGGGAUGACUCGCAGCACAAUCCCUGCAGUCCUUCCUGUUCUGUCGCGCCUCACAGCCUGUUGCAUACAUAGGUAGAGUGAAUGCGAAGCGCAAAGGAGGUACUUAUACUCUUCUUUGAAUCCAACAUAGUCCUCAAACUAUACCAAAAGCCACGCAAGAGACACCAGGAAAGUUUUAAUUAUGAAAGCCGGCCAGUGGGAUCCCAAGCAGCAAAAGGUCGUUGUAAAUGACGUGCCGAAACCCACCGAAGCACCAAACCAGUUCUUAGUCAAGAUACAAUCAGCGUCAUUAUGUCAUUCAGAUCUGCUCAUGGCCAUGAGGCCCGAUUACGCCGUCACUCUAGGCCACGAAGGAGUCGGUUACAUUGAGUCUAUUGGCGCGGAAGCCAGCGACAAAGGUUUCAAAGUCGGUGAUGCUAUCGGCUUCAACUAUUUCAUCGGCGCAUGUUUCGAAUGCGAGGGGUGCAUGAUUCACAACAUGCGAUGCGAGACAGGUAACCAGAAACUGCAAGGUUUUGUAACGGACGGGUACUUCGCCGAGUAUGCGGUUGUGGAUUGGCAGAACGCGGUGAAGCUUCCCGAGAACCUGGAUAUGAGUAAGACUGCACCGCUGUUCUGUGCGGGUAUCACAGCGUUCCAUUCGGUCGACAGCUGUGAGUUGAAAGCAGGGGAUUGGUUGGCGGUUAUCGGAUGUGGUGGCCUUGGACAGUACGCGAUACAAUAUGCAAAAGCCAUGGGUAUCAAGACUAUCGGUCUCGAUAUCAACGACAACCAACUCGAUGUGGCGAAGAAGGUUGGCGCAGAAGCUGUCUUCAAUUCCAUGAAGAACAAGGACUAUCUCGAAGAGAUCAAGAAGCUCACUGGAGGCAAAGGAUGUCACGCAGCGGCAGUCUAUAGCGCAUCCAACGCCGCGUAUGCGGGUGCACCGGAUGUCUUGCGAACAGGAGGACUACUUAUGGUCAUUGGGAUCGCACCGAAAGGACUCGACUUUAUCAACACUUUCGAUUUAACAACAGGACGUUACCGCAUCAAGGCCGACAGCACGGGUAUCCCACAGCGGAUGAAGAAGGCCGUGGACUUCACCGGCAAGCACAGCAUACAACCAGAAGUCGAGUUCCGCAAGAUUGAUGACCUGCCGCAGAUGGUCGCUGACAUGGAGGCUGGGAAAGCUGAGAAGAGACAGGUUGUUGUGUUCUAGACACGUUAUUUAUUCAGUGCACCAUGAACUCUGACACCGGAAAACUCAGUGUCGAACAAAUUCUUCGUGUGAAUGAUAGAAUUCGCAAAGUGUAACAACAAAUUUCGUCCUCACAAUGUCUUCGUAUUGUGAGGCGCACAUGCCACUGACCAGCGAUCAAUUGUACAACAUAACACUAUGCGGUCUUCUUCGAUCGUACCACUGGUAGUACCGCAUCAUACUAAGCCCCGCACGCUGAAUUUGGCUUGCUCAUUUCUCCUCAGUCGGUUAUGCACGGUCAACGUUAGUGGCUAUACUUGUAGAAUACUCAGAUACUUUAGGUCUUAGGUGCCAACAACCCCAGAACCUUCAUCUUUACUAUACGAUCAUCAAUUACGC